UUAACGAUGAUCGACAAUUAUUCAAAUAUGACGGAGCUCAUUUCAAUGAAUACACUGUUCUCAUGCAUUUUCACGCAUUUUAUCAUCGGUGCAACACUAAUUGCGUUCUGCACGAAACAAAAGGCAAAGUCAACAAUCAAAGAAGAACCGUCUCAAGCCGAAAAUCGUCCACAAGGAGGAAAUGAGACUUUUCAUUUCACACCUCCACACAUUAAAACUGCCGUCCCAACACGUUCACUUCUUCGUCAAAAACAUCAGCAGUGUCCCGUUCAUUACGAGUUUAGUGAAGACGCGACGACGACGACGACAUUUGUCGAUUCUGCACACUCAUCCGACAUUCAAUUCGACUCAACACAAUCGGCUUCAGACUCUAGCAUCUCGUUUUUGAAGCGUUGCACGUGUUUUUGUGCUCAGAAACGUGUUAGAUUUCAGUGCCCACCGACGACGACGACGACUACGACGACUACUAGUUUUGGAUUUAUUUGAACGAACGAUUUCUUCUUUUUUUGUAGUUUUUGAAUAAAUUAAUUUGGAUUUUAAA